AUGUAUAAGAAUAGUCACAUAGAGUAUGCAAUAGGUAACAGCGCUGCAAAAGAUAUAGAAAAUACUCAAAAUAAUGAAAAGAUUACAACCUCAUUGGACUUAUCAGAUGCUCUAUUUAAAAAAAAAUUUGAUGGAGUGGAACACGAAACAACAUGCAAAGGAUGCAAUUCUCAUCCAAUUUUUGGUUUGCGAUUUAAAUGUGACGAAUGCAACGAAUUCGAUUUAUGCUAUAAAUAUUUUGAAAAAAAAACUGAAAUAAAUGAUCAUAAAAAGGAACAUUCUAUAUUAGUAUGUUAUAGCAUUCGAAAUGUGAAUCCAUCUGACAUUGAACUUUUAGAACGUUUAGGUAGCUGUGCAUUUGGUACUGCACACAAAGCAAAAAUAAUUUCUAAAAACAAAAUAGUUGUUUGCAAAGUGUUGGAAUGGCAAUUACAACAUCUUUUUUUAGGCUUAGACGUAAACAGUUUGAAUAAGAGUUUUAUUGGUGAAGUAUUGGCGUAUAACGAAAUUAAAAGCAAUUAUACUAUCAAGACAUAUGGCAGUUGUAUAGUGAAUGAUAUAAAAAAAACAAAAUUUUACCUGCUUACUGAAUAUAUGGAGAAAGCAAGUUUGGCUAACCUUUUAAAAAAUGAACCAGAUUUAUCAUACAGAUGCCGACUGUCCAUAGCAUGCAAUAUAGCAUCUGGAAUGAAAAGAAUACACAGAAAACAUUAUAUUCACAGAGACAUUCAACCUGACAACAUAUUUGUAAAGAAAAACUAUGUAGCGAAAAUUGGCGAUAUGGGAAUUGCUAGACUUCAAGAUAAGUUUCAAAAUCACACUGUAGUAGGACCAGACCGAUACAUGCCAGAUGAGUUUUGUACUGAAAAUUAUAAAGAAAAAGUUGAUGUUUAUACAUUUGGUUGACAAUGUACCACUUAAUUACUGGUCAAACUCAUGCUUUGAAAAUAAUAAAGUAGAGCUUAGCGAAGAACCUAUAAUAUUUAGUAAACUGAUUCAAAAAUGCUUAGAAAAUGUUCCGAGUGACAGGCCAACCGCAUCGAUGUUAGAAAGUAAUCUGAAACUGCAUUACAAAGUUUUAUAUGCCGUUAUUUCAAAAGGGACGGGGUAUUUUGUCUUACCAAAAAAAGAGCGUACUAAAAU